CUUUGACUUUAUUCUUAAACUCAAUGGCAAUCAACACAGACAUCAACCCAGAUCGCCCUCUUAUCGUUGGCUCUUCUUCUCCUGAAAUACCAUAUCCUAUACCUGUCUCUGGUACAGUUGUCAAGGGCUUUGGCCGUGGCUCUAAAGAACUGGGUAUUCCUACAGCUAAUAUGAGUGACGAAGCAUUAGAAGCAAUGUUUGCAGAGUGUGAUACAGGCGUUUAUUACGGUUGGGCACAGGUUGGUGAAGUAAAAAGUACUGUAUACCCUAUGGUCAUGAGCUUAGGCUGGAAUCCUUAUUAUCAAAAUGAAAGAAAAUCAGCGGAAGUGCAUAUCAUUCAUCAAUUUGACAAAGACUUUUAUGGUGAAGCCAUUAGGAUUAUUGUAGCAGGUUAUAUUCGUCCAGAACAAAAUUAUCCUUCACUAGAUGCACUUAUUAGAGAUAUCAAGACAGAUAUUGAGGUUGCCAAGCACUCACUAAAACGCGAGGCUUACAGCAACCUGCGUAACCACCCAUUGUUCAACAGCAACUAGACUAGACUCGUCAUUUUUUUUAAAAAAAGAAAUAAUAAAACAUCAUAGAAGAAUGAUUCACAUGUGUACAUGUCUUACUCUCUUUUGUGCCGUAUUUGCGGGGUCAUUUUACCUUUUGCCCCGAGUUGUAUCGAGUAUAAAUUACGAAUGAAACAAUUCCCGCGCUUUCUCUCUCUUUUUUUUUUUUUUUU